GACAGGAAAUCAAAAGCUAAGCCAUGUUAAACAAAACUAACUUUCUCUUUGCCCUCCUCACUUGUCUCCUUCUUUCAUCCCUUUCAACCAUUUGCAGAGCUUCUGCAACUGAACAGGAGGAUGAGCACGAGUUUACUUAUAAGGAAGGAAGUGAGAGAGGGCCAGAGCAUUGGGGCGAUAUCCAAUCAGAUUGGAAAAUUUGUAAAAAAGGAGAAAUGCAAUCUCCUAUUGAUCUUCUCCACGAGAGAGUGCAAGUUUUUUCUGGUUUAGGAAGAUUGAAGAGGGAUUACCAACCAGCCCCUGCUGCAGCGAAGAAUAGGGGGCACGACAUUAUGAUUGAAUGGAAAGGAGAUGCAGGAAAGAUCAAUAUAAAUGGGAUUAAUUACAGCCUAAAGCAGUGUCACUGGCAUUCACCUUCUGAACAUACUUUCAAUGGUUCAAGAUACAAGCUGGAGCUUCACAUGGUUCAUAUAAAUUCUUGUGGAGGGAUUGCUGUUAUUGGAAUUACCUACAAAUAUGGCAGGCAUGAUCAUUUCCUGGACAAGAUUAUUGCUUCCAUUGGUUCAGUUGGAUCAGAAGAGAAAGAUCUGGGGAUUAUAAAUCCUGGUGAUAUAAAGUUUGGGAGCAGAAAAUAUUAUAGAUAUAUGGGCUCUCUCACAGUUCCCCCAUGCACAGAGGGAGUCAUCUGGACCAUAGAAAAGAAGGUGAGAACAGUUUCAAGGGAGCAAGUGAGGGCUUUAAGGGAUGCUGUUGAUGAUGGUUACGAAGAAAAUGCGAGGCCCAUUCAACAGAAAAACGGGAGAACAGUUUUGUUAUAUAGACCAAGGGUUAAUGGAGGUUCUCCAUAGAUUGAGAAGCUGAUAGCAAAUAAUGGUGUCUUUAUAUCAUCACUAUAUCAGUAAAAAUAAUUCCACUAUAAUCUUUUUUCUUGGGGUGCAGAUAAGUAGAUAAGCACAUCCAACAUUCCCUAUAAGGUUGCUCUCCAAAUAGAAUAUUUGAAAGUUUAGGGAUUAGUUAGUUCCAUGAUCAUCAGCCCUUCAAAUAGUUUA